UGCUGUGAUGGAUUUGAUUGUUUGUUUGUGGAAAACUCGUUAGAAAGUAUUAAAAUGUCAUUAAAAUUAGAAUUGUAAACAUUUUUUUAGCUAGAAAGCAAUAUCUUUUCCAUUAGCCAUAACAUUUUCAAGAUAUAGUGGCAAUAUCCAUAUCCUAUAGUAGUUAGCCUUGAAGUAGAUGUCAUUUAAAUGAGUGUUGUUUAUUUAACAUUUUAGUGAUAUUAGUCGUAAUUUCACGAUUAUAUGGCUCUGAUGUUCGAUUUAUGUUUUGUGACAAAUUGGAAGAGGCAUGUUUUACCCACGUAUUCGGAAGAAAAGUGCAAGUUUAGUAGUUCUCAGCUGGACAUGCCUAGCUGUAUUGUGCGCUGCCUCUACAGCACCUUGCGACAAAUCUCGUAGGGUUUUCACAGAGCCAAGUGGAAUUAUUACUGAUGGCCCCAGUAACUCCAACUAUACCCAAGAUUCACAUUGCGAAUGGCUUAUUAAAGCUGCAAACAAAAGUCAGUACAUAACAUUGAGCUUCCUUCGUAUGGGAACAGAAUGUUCAUAUGACUAUGUAUUUGUGUAUGAUGGUGAUUCAUUUGAUGCUCCAUUAUUAGGAAGUUUCAGUGGGAAAACAGAGCCACAAAAUGUAACCGCUUCAAGUGGAUAUAUGUUAAUAUUACUAUACAGUGAUACAAACUAUGUGCUAGAUGGAUUCAGGGCUACAUAUGCUAUUCACAACUGCCCAAAUAAUUGUACCGGGCGAGGUUUGUGUAUGUCCAAUAAAUGCUUUUGUGUGGGAACCUGGGGUGGGCCGGAUUGCAGUGUAGAACUUUGUCCUAGUGGAUGCUCUGGGAAUGGACAAUGUAAAGGUGACAGGUGUCUUUGUAAAAAAGGAUAUUCUGGUGAAUCAUGUUCCCUGAAACAUGCGGAUAAAGAAGGUAACAGCUGGCAUUGGAUAUCUCACACCGAAAGUGGCAUGACAAAGAGAGCAGCUCACUCUGCUGUGUAUGUUAACCAAACGGACUCUCUAUAUGUGUUUGGAGGAUAUGAUCUGAAUAGAGUUUUAGGUGUAUUAGAGAUUUAUAAAUUUUCUACUAGUCAAUGGUAUGACGAAAACGGAAAAGUAUUAAGACGUUAUCCUACCAAUGAAGAAAUUGAUAAAUCCUUAUUAACUUUAUUUACCAAGGGCAACAUCGACGGCAGUUGGCAGAUUGGAAAUCGGAGCUCGCUUUUCAAUUUGCUAUUGACAUCGUUUUCGAACCAUGACAGAACCACAUUACCUCUUAUGUAUACGCCCACAUCCACCCCCUACUCGGAAAGUUAUUUACAAUUUACCGAUCGUCCCGAAUUCCUCAGCUCGAAUGUCAAAUCUAAUUAUACCAAGCCCGAGCCGAGGUAUGGGCACUCCGCAUGUGCUUGCAAAAAUGGUUUUAUAUUGUACGGUGGGAAGCUGUCGGAUGGAAGUCUCUCUUCAGAACUCUGGUACUAUGACGCAUUGGCCAAUACGUGGACCCUUAGAGCAGCGAACUCGACAUUCAGUCCGCCCGGCUUGACGCGUCACACCUUAACCGCCGUCAAGGAUGAAUUGUAUCUUUUCGGUGGAAGUACAGUUGACGGCGAAUUCUCGUCAAGUCUUUACAAAAUAAGAUUGAGCGAUAAUGGCAAUGAAACAUGGGAAAGAGUGCAAGUUCGAGGUGGUAAGGAGCUGGAUGUGCGUGUGGUCGCGCACACCGCGGUCUACCACCAACACUCCAACUCUAUCCUGGUGUACGGUGGUGUAGUCGCAAGCGUCGCUCGGUUUUCCAAACUUUCAGAUCGAAUGUUCGCUUUUGACCUAGACUACAAGCAUUGGAGCGAAAUCCACUAUCCACGGGCUCAUUUGCGCGAUACCUACGUUCCGCGCGAGCGAGCUUUCCACACAGCGACGGUCAUCGGGAACUAUUUGAUUGUGUUCGGUGGAUACUCUCACCGACACAAUAGGGAAGAAAUCUGCUAUGAUGGACAAAUGUACCUCUACCACCUCGGAUGUCAUUCCUGGAUACCGUUAGAUGUUCUCGGCAAGACUCGCAAGUUUUAUCCUAAAAAGCAAGGGGUGUUCGCCCACGCUGCUACGCUCAAACCACCUUCUACUUUGCUGAUUGCCGGCGGCUACCAUGGCAAUGUCAAUGGUGACCUGUUAGCAUAUGUUGUCCCAAGUUGGCACGCCGGAAUUAUCGAUAAGGAUCCAGAGUCAGCUUGCCCGAAGCAUCGAACGCAGCCCGAAUGUCUCGCAGAUCCUGAGUGCGGAUGGUGUUCGGCUGAUGAUAUUUGCUAUGGAAGAACAAUAGGAUCGAAUUGUACGACUAAUUUACAAUCAAUACGAUGCGGUGGCAUCUGUCCAGCUCUUGGUGACUGUCAUUCGUGCCUCAUCCACGGUCCCGCCUUAGGAAAAAAUAGUUCUCGCACACCACUUAUUUCCGUUAGCACUAAACUGGGCUUGUAUCAGUGCAGUUGGUGUGUCCAGAAUGCUCGGUGCCACCAUAAAGACGAUAACUACGGUGUCUGUGGAGAAGAUACACCUUCUGAAAAUCCAGGCUGGUGGGGUACAACCGGCACAGAAGUGACGACUCCAGAUGAAUGUAAAAUUUUAGACAAACGACCAGGCCUUACAUUUCUUAGAUAUCAGCAGCCUGCCGAUUGGAAUCAUCCCGAUGGUGUCUCUGUAGUAAAUGCGACAACUGUCGACUGGGGUACAGGCGGAGGCAGUAAUCAUAUAUUUGCCGGACCUAGCGAAGCAAGGCUACGAGGCUGGCUACACAUACCGCAGUACUGGAACGGUACAGGGGAAACACUACACAUGUGCGCUGGAUACUCCAACUUGUCACUCAAUCUCGGAGAGAGCACAGAACCCGUUGCUAAUUUGACAGCUCAGCCUUCCGCUUGUUCUCCAAUAGACUGGCCAACUCUGCAGCCUGGCCGUCUCGCCAUAGAUAUGCACGCAAAUGACUCUCUACAUACGGGCCUAUAUCCCUCCCAUCAUCACGCCAAAAUGGAACUACAACACAAUAAAUCUCAAGAAAGCGCAAAGGCUUUUACAUUCGAGUUUCUGGAGCCCUACUCGAACGGUCAGUGCUCAAAUUACGACAACUGCCUACUGUGUCUAUCGGAUGCGGCAUGCGGGUGGUGCGAGCUGACGAAUCGCUGCGAACAAAGAAACAUCGACGAGACGCAGACGUGCGCCAUCGACGGCGAGUGGCGGUACCUCACGCUGCUCCCCGCGGCGUGCCCCAACUGCUCCAACUACAUCAGCUGCGAGCGCUGCGUGUCGGGGAACUACUGCGAGUGGUGGGCGGACGAGGCGCGCUGCGCGCGGCGCGGGCGCGCGGGCGGCGCCGUGGUGGACGCGUCGGAGUGCCCCGCGCCGUGCCGCACGCGCCUCGACUGCGAGCACUGCCUCGACGAGCGCGGCCGCUGCGUCUGGUGCGAGGCCACCCGCCAGUGCUUCAGUUUCAGCGUCUACACGAGCGAGUAUCAGUUCGGCCUGUGUCGCGAGUGGCUCGACCGCGCCUCGACGCCCGCCGACGAGGUGACUAGAAAGUCCGGUCAGUGCAAAUCCUGUCAGUCUCACGUGCAAUGUUCGACUUGCUUGCGCAGUAUGGGAUGCGGCUGGUGUCAUUCGCACGAAAACCCGAUUAACGGAAUGUGUACGGAGGGUGAUUUUACUCGUUCGCACGUGGACUGCGCUUCCCUUCUAAAUGUAACGUCGACGGACGCAGGGUGGGCGUACGCACAGUGCCCGGACGUCGAUGAGUGUGGACUGAGGCUCCACGAUUGUCACGAACAUGCAGUGUGUAACAACACUCACGGGUCGUAUACUUGCAAAUGUAAACAGGGAUAUAUAGGAGAUGGAAAAAAAAGUUGCAUGCGAACUUGUUACAAUAACUGUAUUCACGGAUAUUGCUUAGGUGCUCCACAGUACAAAUGUCACUGUGAUUUGGGUUGGACGGGAGCCGAUUGUUCGAUAAACUGUGGAUGUCAUAAUCACUCAACAUGUAGAACCGGUGUAGGUCGGUGUGAUGAAUGCCAAGAUUGGACGGAAGGUGAAUUUUGUGAAUCAUGUAAGCCCGGUAGCCAUGGGAACGCGACUGCUGGACAAGGUUGUCGACGUUGCGAUUGUAACGAUCAUGGUGACGAGACCCGUGGUGUUUGUGACGUCGCUACAGGUGAAUGUAUUUGUAAAGAUAAUACCGAGGGUCAAAAUUGUGAGCGCUGUAAACCAAAAUUCUAUGGAGAUCCGCGCCACGGAGGCAGAUGUUAUUAUCAAUGUGAACCUAGAGGAAUGUUAAAUGCCUCUCAAACUGAAGGUAUCGGUUCCUAUAAAAUUGACCCUGAUAUUAAAACUAUAGGCCCCGCCAAGGAAUGUCUGUGGAUUAUAUCAGCUGAAAACGUUAAAGAUGCCAUUAUACAAUUCACAGUAAACUCUUCAACAUUCAACGUGCCAUGCGACCAAAAUGCAGUGUAUGUGUAUGAUGGUUUGGGCGGUGUGCCAGAUUUAAGUAACAAUCAACAGAGUCAACUUUUGGGUGUUUUUUGCAAUGGAGCCUCUUCAGGUGUCGUAGAAGCUCGAAGUGGUAAUUUGACUGUUCAUUAUAAACAGAGCCAACCUGAUCAAGGAUUUGAAGGCGUUUACAAUGUUUUAGCCUGCGAUGGUUACUGCACUUGGCCCAGGAUAUGUAAAAACAGACACUGUAUUUGCGCAGAAGGCUUCGGUGGCUAUGAAUGCAAUGUAGAAGUAUGUCGUAACAACUGUAGCAUACAUAUUAAAGGUGGAGUGUGUGACACUAGCUAUGGACGAUGUCUUUGUAACGAGGGGUAUGGUGGUGAUGAUUGCUCUCUAAAACUAGAUAAAACACAACUUGUAUUCACGGAACUUUUCAAUUCCGAUUUUCUUUCUGAUGGCUUAGAUCAUUUACGAAAAACCUUACCCAGAUUUGGACACAGUCUAGUAGCUGAUAGACGAGGUUUAUGGAUGUUUGGAGGAUACUCGCUUUCGCAUGGACCUUUAAAUGAUAUAAGAUUUUAUGAUACAAAAAAUAACACUUGGAUGCAAGUAAAUGUAGAUGCUACGCCUGAUCCAAAAAUGCCUGAAGGUCGAUACUUCCACGCAGCUGAAAUCUACCAUUCCAAGCAAAAUAUCUAUAUUUUCGGUGGCCUUAGCCUGCAAGAAAAAAGUGGUCAAAACAAAACAUUAAGAGAUUUUUGGCAGUUUAGUCUAAAGGAGCGUCGAUGGAGUCAAAUCAAAAGUAAAGAAGAAUUUCCUCCACCACUUGCUGGACAUACAUUAACACUACAAAAAUAUCAAGAUUAUGAAAGUCUUGUGCUCAUUGGAGGCUUUUCUUUAGAAGAAGGAUUUAUGACAGAUAUGUGGGAAUUCGAUUUGGAUAAUGACAAGUGGAUAAAAUUGAGUUGCGGUGGUUCGAAACCAGUCGGAUUGAUUGGCCAUAGUACGGUUUAUCAUGCUCCUUCUCAAAGUCUGUAUGUUUUCGGAGGAAUAUUGUACAUGUAUAAUGGAACUAUAAUAUCAAAUAAAUUAUAUUCAUUCCAUUACCCGUCUAAAAAUUGGAGUGAAUUACCAACUUUUCCAAGUUUAAACGGUCACGACAACUUACCAAGAGCAACGUAUUUACAUUCAGCUGUUACAACGAAUGAAUAUAUGAUCGUAUUUGGCGGUCGAACGAUACCAGAUAAAAGGACAAAUAAACUUAUUGCAUACGUUUACAGUUGUAACCAAUGGGUUAAGCUUUCCAAAGGUCCAAGUGUUCUCGACCAUCCGCCACCACGAACAAUAGCACAUGCAAUGGCUAUAGACAUGGAGUCAGAAAGUGAUUGGAAUAUUUAUAUCGUAGGGGGUUGGACUGGAAGUGCCAAUUGUCAAGUUACGCGUGUUACCCUACCUGAUGAUUUGUGUUCGCUAUGGAGCGCUAGUAAAAUUGAGUGUAGAAGUCACAUGGGCUGCAGUUUCUGUAGCACGGGAGAUUAUAAAAAAUGCUACUCUGUAGAUAAACCGGGAUGUGAAGGUGGUGAUAGAAUUUCUACUAACGCGGGAGCAGCUUGUGACGCGGACUUAGUGGCAAGACGUCCGUGUGAAAAUUUUACUUCAUGCGUGUCCUGUUUGGCUGCUUGGCCAUUGUAUCCAGAAGAAAAACCGGCUUGUCGGUGGUGUGAAACGUGUGCUGCUGGAAUUGGUGAAUGCGUGCCAACAGACGAAUCUUGUGUGAGCAUAAAGUGCAAUGCUGGAACCACAUAUAUUAGUGAUUCAGCUCAGUGUCCUGAACUAAGGUGUGUAGCACCAGACUGUGAGAAAUGUAUUUCGAAUCAAUGCUCUUGGACACGGCUAGUGAAUAGAGAAGCUCAAAUAUCAAGAAUAAUAACCGAUCCAUUAGAGCUUUAUAACUGGACUUGCGCUAUAACAGAAGAGCCAGGACGCGCGAGCAUACGUACACUCCCACCAAAACUUGUACAUACGUAUUUUGGACUUACUAAAGAAGAUUGUCCUAGUCGAUGUCACCUGUACGAUGAUUGUCAGUCCUGUCUCAAUUCAGAAGGUUCCGAAGGUGGAUCCUCCGAAUGCCAUUGGGCAAGCUAUCUUGGCACUUGUAUUUCUCCAUCAUAUCAGCCGUUGUAUUGUGCGGGCGGCGUAUGUGGAUUAGUUUUAUCUAAAGCCGAUAAAAAUAAAUGUCCAGCACCUUGCGGUACUUUCGAACAAUGUACCGAGUGUCUCCAUCAUUCUCAUUGCGGCUGGUGCGCACUGGAAGGAGCUAACGGGGAAGGCGUGUGUACUGAGGGAUCAAUCGACUCUCCAUUGGAAUAUUCGUCUCGAACGACUUGCGCCGCCGUAUAUUCUAACGUCCAUCAAACGAACGAGACGAACGACACGUUUUCCUGGCAUUACACUCGCUGUCCACCCGAAAACGAGUGUGAAAAUAAUCAUCAUCAAUGCAAAGCGGAGUCUGAGGUAUGCCGCGACCUGCCGGCGGGCUACGAGUGCCAGUGCGGCGCGGGACACAAGCGCGUGGGCGGCGUGUGUGCCGCCGUGUGCUCGCAGGGCUGCGUGCGCGGGCUGUGCGUGCAGCCCGACCGCUGUCGCUGCGACUUCGGAUACGUGGGUGCCAACUGCACCAUACAGUGCCAGUGCAACGGACACUCGCACUGCGAGGGCCCAGACAAGCUGGACGUCUGCACGGAGUGCCACAAUAAUACCAUGGGUAGCCAAUGUGAAAAAUGUAAGCCGAAUUUCGUGGGUGAUCCUACCGACAACGGUCAGUGUAUACCGUGCUCAGUUUUCUGUCACGGUCACACGUUAGUAUGCACAAACGACGCGGACGUGUCGCUAGCACGAGACAUAAACAGCGCCGACCUGGAGGAGUACUACCGGGAAGGCGCGGCCAAGGCGCGAUGUGUGCGCUGCGCGAACAACACCGACGGACCUCGCUGCGAACGUUGCAUCGAAGGAUACUUCAGGGGUUCAGAAGAUUUUCGAGAUCCGUGUCGACCAUGCGAGUGUCACGGACACGGCGACACGUGCGACCCGGUGACGGGCGAGAAGUGCAACUGCGGCAACAACACGGAGAGCGACGCGACGUGCCAGACCGCCAGCUCCAGCAAAAACUCAGCGCAAGAGUGCUGGCGUUACCAGUGCGUCAAGUGUCGCGACCUCUACAUGGGAGACCCGCGCAACGGACACCAGUGCUACAAGACUAUUAACAUUGAGAACAAGCUGUGCUUCGACGGGAAAUCUAUAGAUGAGUGCAAAAUCAAACCUCGUCCGCUGUAUCCGGGUCAGACGGUCUUCGUAGCGGUCAAUCCCAGAUAUAUGAACGUCGAUAUACGCGUUAUAGUCGAUGUAACUCAAGGUGCCGUGGAUCUAUAUAUGAGCCCUAACGACAGUUCCUUCGUGGUUUCGGUGAAUUCGAGCACUGGGGCUCAUGCAGUAGACCUGGAUCCAACUUAUUACAAACACGAACCUUUCAGGAAAAUCCCAUCCUUCGAUGACCAUAUACCGGAAAAACCUGGAAAAACGACUUGGUACUACGACAAAACUGAAUACUCUCUUGCCGAUUUCACAGCUAAAGACCUCGCCACGUAUGUGACCGUUGAUAAGAGGAAUGUUUUACUUCGUGUCAAGAAUCUCCGUAACCGUCUCGUUCUGACGUUACCACAGAAUGUCCAUGACUUGACGCAUACGAAGUUUUACAUUAUCAUCAGAGCGACACACUUUGAAGAUGGCUUAGCGAGUUUCGGCGUAACUUUCUUUCGCCAGGACCAGCUGCAUAUAGAUCUGUUCGUCUUCUUCUCGGUGUUUUUCUCGUGCUUUUUCCUUUUCUUGGCGGCGUGUGUUGUGGCAUGGAAGGCAAAACAAGCUGCCGAUGUACGUAGAGCGAGAAGGAGACACGUCGUAGAGAUGCUGCACAUGGCGAAGCGGCCGUUCGCGGCGGUGCGCGUGGUGCUGAGCGGCGGCGCGUGGGGCCGGCGGCGCCGCGCCGAGCUGCGCCCCGUCGCCAUCGAGCCCACCGCCGACGGCCGCGCCGCCGUCACCUCGCUGCUCGUCAGGUUGCCGGGCGGAGGGCGCGCGCCCGUGCGCAUGGCGCUGGCGUCGGCGCUGGUGCUCGUGUCGCGCGGGCCGCCGCCGCGCGUGCGCGCCCGCCCGCGCCGCGCGCUCUCCUAGCGCGCUCGAUGCUCGCAAGCCGCACGACUCGCAACACCUCCUCGCCGUACCGACUAAUUUUUUCUGAAUAUUUUCUCAUUAGGUUUUAUGUUCUUAUUCAACUUCGUAGGUAGCACGGUGGUAACUAAUAAAAUAUAUGCGUCUCGAUAAUCGAGAUCUGGAUAGACGAUAUGAUUCGAGCCGAGAUUGAUAUUUAUUCACUCGAAUCGUUCUUGGUGUGGAUAGGUGGAGGUAAAUAAGAAAUGUGAUGUCUGUAUUUAAAUUUAAAAAAAAUCUAGAUAUUUCGACGAGUAUUUCUGAAUCUGAUAAGAACUGUAAAGUUCCGCCAGACCGAACUAGUUAUUGAAUUUUUUAACACACGUUAACAUUUAACGCAAUAAUAUAUAUAAUUAUAUAGAGUUUAUCCGAGUCCUGAGAGUAUAUAUAGGAAUAGUUUUUGUUAAAAGUUAUUAUUAUAAAUAAGUUUCGUUAUUCGUAUUUUAGUUAUAAAUUAAGAAUGAUAGUUGGGUUUAAAAAUUGUUUACAAAUUCAAUAAGAUCUGCUACAAAACAUUUAUUUUUAUUAGAAGAGAAAGAAAUUAAAAAAUAUAUAUAUGCGUAUUUUACAACGUAUACUUUUUCUUCAUUUUAGGUAGCUACUAUUUAAAAUAGUUAUAUAUAUUUGUAAAUAUGCCAUAUUGAUUCGAAGAGAGCCAAAGGAAUCAAAAUUACGCGUGAAUUGAGCGCAGGUUGUAAUUAGCCAAUAGUUGCCGAAGCUGUUGUGUUAUUGAUUUCGAAAUUUUAUUAUGUGAUGUUGAAUCAUAGUUACGUUAUGGCUUGUUAUUUCUAAAUGUUUUAAGCAGCUAAUCGUCCCUACGAAUUUUAUUUAGAUAGAUAGAGAUAUAUUGUAUAAAAGCUACUUUUAAUCGUAUUUUCUUGAUAAUGCAAACUCUUAAGUCAAACUCUUUUCUAAGUCUUACUAAUGAAUCUCUAUUUAAAUAUUAAUGAAUUUAUAAUCGAGUUUAUAAUGUAAUCUUCAGCUAUAAUCUGUUACCACUUCAUGAUAUUCUUUAGUAAACUUGCUCUAUGAAUAUGAUGAGUGUUGACAUUUAUAAAUAAAGUUAUCUGUUUUAUUUAUUUAAAAAAAAUCAUUAAGAGGACCAUUCAAUGACAGUGUUACCCUUUUCGUGUGAACUACUAUUUCUUGUCAUCAUAGUUAACUGUAUUUUAUAUAUUUUUCAAUAAUAUUUAUUAAGUCAUUUACAAAAUUGCUCAAUUUAUUCAAAAUUUAAAGAAUUUAUAUAAACAACAUAUGUAUAUUUUUUUUUCAUUUUGCGUUUAAGUUUUAUUGGUAAAGUAAUUUAUUUAUUUAAAUAUAUAUACACACAGACAUUCUUGGUCCUCUUCUGUGAUUUUAAAAUAUUAAAUCGUAAAUAUUUUUUAUUUUUAUUUAGCAACGAUUUUGUACCUUUUAUUGCACUUAAUGACGAUUUUUUGAUUAUUAUACAAAUUUCAAUGAAUAUGCUCAAGAAUUGCGAUCCUUUGCUUGUUACAUUCGAUGUAUUGAAUGUUUAAUGAAUAUUUUAAUAAAAAAACGAUUCGUACGAAAAUCUGUCAAAAAUGUUAUUAUGUAAUUAGAUUAGAUAAAUAUUUAUGUAAUUAUGCGUGGCAAAACUUGCAUUGCAUGUGGCUCCUAAAUAUGAAUUGCUCAUUGGUAAUCAGCAGUAUUGUGGAAAUUAAUAAUCAAUUAGUCGGUGUAUAAGUAGAAUCACGUUAUGGUUUAAUUUAAGGUAAAAUAUAACUAUUAGGCAUAAUUAUAUAAGAGAGUACUGAUAUUGUUAUUAAUAUUUGAGUAAGAUAUGUGUGAUCAAAUACUAUACCCAUUACGGUAUAAAAAGUCCAUAAAACAUUCCAUUGUAUAUCCCUGUACAUACAGUUUAAAUAAGGAAAUUAAAAAAUAUAUAUAUUGAGUGUAAAUCGGGCAUCUAAAAGCUUUAAGGAUGUUAUUCUAGUAAAAUUGAUUGCUCAUUAUUUCAUUAUAAAUUUUUUUAUAUACUAUUUAAUGCAUUUAUUUAUUCUAAACUUGCGAUUGGUAAAUAAUCUGUUCUUUUAUAUUAGAAUGAAUUAGUUAACGUGAUUAUCGCCCUGUGAUUCAGGUAAAAAAUUAUAAUAUAAGAAUGAAAAGCGUUUAUUUAAUACUACAUUGACCUUUGUUUGCUGAUAUGUUAAAUAUCAGUACAGUUUGCAUAAUAAUGAACUGUCACAAUAUACUUACAUGCUUUUAGCUUGUAUAAAAUAGGGAAUGUAUUUUAUUCAAGGGAGUAUUUUUCAUAAUGAAUACUUCAGACUUGUCAUUUUCUGAGACACUAAUUGAAUCUUGGUAUAUGUAAUAGUUACUAUUGAGUAAAUUUCUUACCAAAGGGAAUUUGUCAAACAAGAUAAAAUUAUAUCCAUAGAUGAUAAUUACUUUUAAAUAAAACAAUGGCAGGACCCCACAAAAUAAAAAAAAUAAUUAAUAAUUUGUAUAUGUCAUAUGUGGUAGAAAUUCAGCAUUUUCAUGUUAAGAAAUUUGACCUAAAAUUUUUGUAUGUCUUUAGCACAAUAAAUUUCGAAUGAUAUGUUUAAUAAAGCCCCACCUAUUAUAAUAAAUACUAAAAAAAUGUCACUUUUCAAUUUUUACACAUUACCAUAUAAUAGAUUAGACAAUUAUUCAACCGACUUUACAUUGCAUAUAUUUUGUACUAUACUACAUACAAGAAUAGAUGUUUACACGAUAAACACAACUUUAAAUAAAAGAGAUUACUGAUUAAGUAUUUAUAUUGCUCAAAGUAUUUGGUGUGAAAUUAUAGUAGGUAAAUUAUUAAUAAAUGUUUCAAUGUUAUUUGGAAGUUAAUAUUUGCGUCAUACAUAUGUAUAUCUACAUGACAGUAGAAGACGCAUGAUAAUAGUGAUACAAUCUAUAUUAAACCAUAGGUAAUUUCUUAUCCAACAUUAUCUUACUAACAAGAGGAAUAAUCUCAAAAUAUAAACAUAUCUUAAGUUUGGUCUUGAAUAUAGAAUAUAUUUUUUAUGUAGUCGUUGGUUCGAUUUUUGAUUGUGACAAAUCUUUUUUCAUGCAGCUAAAUUAUAGAAACUGUUUUCUUUUCUUAUAAUGUUUUGUACUUCAUAUAAACAAUGUAUAAAAUAAAUUUAUCUGUAUAUAUUAUUAUUGCAAUUAAUGCACACAGUUGAAAUCAGUUUAACAUUAUGUUCUGUUUACAUAGUGAAAUUGUUUUGUUUUUUUAUGAUGAAGUUUUCAUAUAUAAAUAAACAUUAAAAUAUAUUUAUUGCCAUUUUUAACUACUUGUACAUUAAUUAUAAAUUGUUAUUUCAUUUCCAUGACAAUCCUUCAAUCCAAACAUCUCAAAUACAAAUAGUAUCUAUAAUACUAUAUAAUGGCAGUAUUGUUUGUCUGUAUUUUGGUUAAAAUAA